UGACGUUAUGAUGAAUGAGGGCGGUGUUUGUGAGAAGAGGGGCAGAAAAUUGCCACAAGGGUCCAAGAGGAAUUUAGUUGCACAGUCCGAGGACAGAGAAACAUUAGGAGGACUGGUGACCCAGAUUAAACACAGCUAUGCAGUUUCAGGAGUGGUUACGUUCUCUUCGUUUCAGUGGAGAUGUGAAGUCUGAGGUGGACAAUCUGAAGAGCCUCCUCCCCACUCUCCCCGCAUCCUUCUCUCUGUCCUCUCUCUCCGUCUCUUCAUCAUCUCUCAUAGGUUUAGGAGCUCUCGCCUCUCUUACAACCUACUGGCUGGUGACCCGAGCUCGACCCAUCCAGCCUCCCUGUGACUUGCAGGCCCAGUCCAUACCUGUACAUGGACUGCCGAGCUGUAGGCGCUCAGCUUUACUAAAAGAUGACAAUCUACUGGAGUUUUACCAUCAAGACACUAAAACAGCUUAUGACAUGUUCAAGAGAGGACUUAGAAUAGCAGGAGAUGGCCCAUGUCUUGGCUUUAGGAAACCAGGAGAGCCCUAUCAGUGGAUCUCCUACACUGAGGUAGCAGAACAGGCACAGGUGUUGGGAUCAGGUUUGCUAGCGAAGGGUUGCAAACCAAACCCUCAACAGUUUGUGGGCAUCUACGCCCAGAACAGACCAGAGUGGGUCAUUGCAGAGUUGGCCUGCUACACAUUCUCUAUGGCAGUGGUGCCGCUGUAUGAUACACUGGGAUUAGAGGCAAUGGUUCAUAUCCUAAACCUGGCUGAGAUCUCUAUGGUGAUUAGUGAUAAGGAGGAUAAAGCUGAAGCUCUAUUAAAGAACAAGGAGAAAGGAGUGACGCCCACUCUUUCUUGUUUGGUGCUUUUUAACCCUUUUAGCGCUGCCCUGCUGGAGAGAGGGAGGAAGUGCGGUGUGGAAAUACUACAGCUCUCACAGAUGAUGAAGCUGGGAAGAGACAAUUUAAAGCCACCCGUGCCCCCUCAGCCACAGGACCUGGCUGUGGUGUGUUUCACCAGUGGGACCACAGGAAAGCCUAAAGGAGCUAUGAUCACCCACGGCAACAUCGCCUCCAACACCUCCUCUGUCAUCAAAAUCCUGGAGGGCUUCUUUGUGAUUCGUCAAGAGGAUGUGUCAAUCUCGUAUCUGCCACUCGCCCACAUGUUUGAGCGCAUGAUCCAGGUGUCGAUGUUCUGUCACGGUGCAAGAGUUGGUUUUUACCAGGGUGACAUCUCUCUGCUAAUGGAUGACAUUAAGACCCUGAAGCCCACCUUCUUCCCGGUGGUCCCCCGGUUACUCAACCGGAUCUACGACAAGAUUCUGGGCUCCGUUACAUCUCCAUUGAAAAGAGCCAUUCUGCAUUACGCGGUGAGGAGAAAACAGGCCGAACUGAGCAGUGGAGUCGUGAGAAAUAACAGCUUGUGGGACAGACUGAUCUUUAAUAAGAUACAGGCCAGUCUUGGUGGAAACCUGCGUUUUAUUCUCACCGCGUCCGCACCGAUUUCUCCCACUGUCCUGUCCUUCCUCAGGGCCACUCUUGGUUGUCUGAUUUUUGAGGGUUACGGGCAGACGGAGUGCACCGCUGGCUGUACCUUUUCAAUGCCCGGAGACUGGAGUGCAGGUCACGUCGGAGCUCCGUUACCCUGCGCCAUGGUGAAAUUAACUGACAUCCCGGACAUGAACUACUAUGCCAAGAAUGGAGAGGGAGAGAUCUGUAUCCGGGGUCACAGUGUCUUCCGUGGAUACCUGCGAGACGAGGAGAGGACAGGAGAAGCUCUGGACGCUGACGGCUGGCUCCACACUGGAGAUGUGGGACAAUGGCUGCCAAAUGGGACACUGCAGAUUAUAGACAGAAAGAAGCACAUCUUUAAGCUGUCUCAGGGCGAGUACAUCGCUCCGGAGAGAAUAGAAAAUGCCUACACUCGCUGUGUUCCAGUACUACAGGUGUUUGUGCAUGGAGAUAGUCUACAAUCUCAUCUCAUAGGAAUCGUCGUUCCAGACCCAGAGGUGUUUGUUAACUGGGCCAAAGAGAGUGGAAUUGUGGGAUCGUAUGAAGAGCUCUGCCAGAAUCCAGAUGUGACGAAGGCUGUGCUGGAGGAUAUGACAUCAGUGGGCAAGGAGGCGGGACUGAAGUCAUUUGAGCAGGUGAAGGAUUUAUAUUUGCACCCUGAAAUGUUUAGCGUGUCAAACGGCCUCCUCACGCCAACCCUGAAGAGCAAACGCGUGGAACUACGAAGAGUUUUCAGUGAGCAGAUCGCACAAAUGUACAGUAAAUCAUCCAUAUAGAGACCUCACACACCGCAUGAACAUGCAGCAUAUCUUCAAGCAGAUACAUCAUAGACAAAUACAUAAUUGAUACAGUAUCAAUUCUGCUGCCAAGCAAUUUUUAGCCAACCUAACAAUAGACUGUAAACAAGAGAAGCUACUGAACUGAAACUUUCUUUAAUCAUUUGUAUUGUGUAUGUGCAUUAGCACACACUGGUGUAUACCGCAUACCAUAUAACUAGAAUCAGAACAGGGACCAGAACCAGAGAUUAAAGCUACUUUCAUAUUAAAACGUUCAUAAUCUCGAUUAGAGACAUUAGCGUUUUUUAAUUGUUUUUUAUAGUAAGAUAGUUUUGUUGUUGUAUGAUAUUUCUUAGUGCCAAUUGGUCAGUUUAGCCAGUUUCUAUACUGCAGUAUGAAUCAAGGUUUUAAAGGCCUGGCAGAACAUUUCUGUCCAUUGCAUUAAUUCUUGGGAAAGAUUUCUUGGACAGCACAAAUGAUGACUUUGCACCAUAGACCCAAUUAAUAGCUGUAAGUUAAAUUGAAAUGUCUAAAUGAUCUUUAAAGAACAAUCUGUGUGAAUUUUAAAUCCUCUUUAUUUCAUUUGGUUUGUUGGCAAAUGAAAUUUCUGACUUUGUAAAUGAGCAUUUUGAGCUGUAAAUGUUACACUAAUACCAACUAUAGAAAUGUACUGUGUUUUACUCUUUUUAUUGACAGAAGAAUAAAGAUGCAUCACAUUUUCAUA